CCCUACAAAGGCCUUUACACAACGAAAAAGUUUGUCUCGGGAUAGCGUGAAACAUCAGAGAAUAAGAAAGAGUAAUAACGUGUAUCUGUCGAAUUGUUUAUAUAUCGCUGUGUGUGAACUUGAAAUUAAACUGGGGCCGGCCGCCAAUCCUGCCGAUCAUAGCAAUAAUUGUCAGUUGUUGACUUGCAGCUCGACAAUUAUUCGAUCUAAAACUUUCUCAUCGCAAAUUUUAACAAACGGCAAGUAUGACUUCGACUAAGGUCGACUGGGGACAAUAUGCCGACGAACAGGACAAGUUAGCGUCAAAAGUGACAAAUUUAAAUUUAGAUAAGCCAAACUCCAUAAAAGAUGGAGAUUCCAAAAGUGAUGAUGGUUCAGAAGAACAGAUAUCACUGGCAGAAAAAUCACUUCUACAAAAAAUUAUAAGGAAAGGAUUAGUUGAGACGACAAAGGAUGUGGAGAUUCAAAGGAAAGAUCCAAAUUCUCCUCUAUACAGCGUGAAAUCAUUUGAUGCACUUCAUCUUAAACCUGCGUUACUGAAAGGUGUCUAUGCUAUGGGCUUUAAUGCUCCUUCAAGAAUUCAGGAAACUGCUUUACCUACAUUACUUGCAGAUCCUCCACAGAAUAUGAUAGCACAGUCUCAGUCGGGUACUGGUAAGACUGCGGCAUUUGUAUUAGCCAUGCUGAGUCGAGUGGACACUACAAAGAAUUACCCGCAAGUACUUUGUUUAUCGCCAACUUACGAAUUAGCAAUCCAGACUGGUGAAGUGGCGGCAAAGAUGUCGCGCUAUUGUCCUGAAAUAAAAAUAAAAUACGCUGUGAGAGGAGAAGAAAUAAGCCGUGGAUCGAAAAUUACGGAGCAUAUAAUCAUAGGAACUCCAGGCAAAGUGACGGAUUGGGGGCAGAAAUUUAAAUUCUUUGAUCUCAGCAAAAUAUCGGUGUUUGUGUUAGACGAGGCUGAUGUCAUGAUUGCUACGCAGGGUCAUCAAGAUCAGUGUAUUCGUAUUCACAAAAUGCUAUCGCGCACAUGCCAGAUGAUGUUCUUUUCGGCGACGUACGAACCGGAAGUCAUGAAUUUUGCGGAGAUUAUAGUUAGUAAUCCGUUGAUAAUACGAUUAUUAAGGGAGGAAGAGAGUUUAGACAACAUUAAGCAAUACUACAUCAAAUGUAAAAAUGUAGACGAGAAAUACAUGGCGAUUACAAACAUCUACGGCGUGAUCACGAUCGGGCAGGCGAUCAUCUUCUGUCACACGAAGAGGACAGCCAGUUGGUUGGCCGAAAAAAUGACGAAAGAUGGGCACGCGGUAGCGAUACUAUCUGGUGAUUUAACGGUGGAGCAAAGAAUUUCCGUACUAGAUAGAUUUAGAGCAGGACUCGAGAAAGUCCUUAUUACUACGAAUGUCUUAGCCAGAGGUAUCGACGUAGAACAGGUGACGAUAGUGGUCAAUUUCGACUUGCCAAUGGAUCAGAAACGACAAGCCGACUGUGAGACCUAUUUACACAGAAUCGGACGAACUGGACGGUUUGGCAAGUCGGGCAUUGCUAUUAAUUUGAUAGACUCACCACAUGCGAUGCAACUUUGUAAAGAUAUAGAGAAACACUUCGGCAAAAAGAUUCACUACCUCGACGCGGAAGACGCAGAUGAAAUUGAAAAGAUAGGCGCUUAGAUUAAUACACUUAGCGAAAUAGGAAAUGUGCUUUUUACAAUAAAUAUAACGUAUAAGCUUAAUGCGAUAUUUUUUAAAACGGACUUCUUUGUAUUUUGAAUAUGAAAUGAGAUAUUUCUUUCCUAACAACGCUACACUAGAAAACCGUUUCUUGUUCUUUCUCACUUUCUCUUUUACACUCCUACUCACUUUCUCUAUCUCUCAAGGCUACACUUGUACAUUUCGAUUGGAUCGAAGUACGAAAAUUGGGCGACAGGUACUGUAAGGAUAAGGGAAGGACAUAGGUCGAGAAAUAUUUUUGUAUAUGUACACGUAUGUCGCGAUCUCGCGCACACGUAUGUAGGACAGACUGAUUUUUACAUACGUUUGAAACUUAGUUCUUUGCUCGGUAAACUAUAUUUAAGUGCUUCUUCCGUUUAUGUAAUUUAUGACACGCUCUUAGUAUUGUGUAAAAUAAGUAAUACGGCGAAUUAUAUUAAGACUUUAAGUAGGAUACUUUGGGUUUCUAUAUAUUAAUAGGAAUUUUGAGAUAUACACGUGAAGAUAUAAAAUACAGCGACUACUUCCCUACUGCAUUCAUCCUCGUAAUUUCAUAUUUGUGUUUAUCGCGUUAUUUUUCUUUUUUAUUUAAAUAGGCCGUAAUUGUUAUAAAAAUAUCUACGUGAAAGUUCCCACCCGAAUGAUUUGAUCAACCCAAAUAUCUUGGAAUGUUUAUGGUUUCAGGAAAUAAUAAUACAUUAAAAUAAU